AUGGCUAUCUCCACCCUCUCCAAGUUUACCCUGGUCCUCUUGACUCUCCUCAGCGCCUUCGUCUUCGCGCAUCCAAGGUUUUCCACGGAGGAGAUCGCGCAAUAUAGAGAUCUCGUCGCCCGCCACACCGAAGCUCUUGGACGGUGCCUUGAAUCGCCCCAUCUGAGGGAACUUAACACUCGCAUGCUCGACGGCUAUGCUACCACUGCGGUAAAACUUCGAAAGGCGCGCGGUCUCGAUGAGAAAUCAGGCACCAUCGACCGCCGUGAUAAGGGAGCUCUGAAGAUGUGGAUUGGCAGCCCCGAUGAGCACAAAACACAGUCGCCCGAUCCACAAGACCUCUGCCACUUUCGCUGGGACGAACCCUGGAAGGAAGGACAACCCGAGCGUCAAAACAUCACUGCCGAGCAGGCGGGUGUUUAUAUGCGUCUUGCUCUUCAAGUGAUUGAUAUCGCCACAUGUAACCCGGUUCCUGGCGCACGCGUAGACGUUUGGCAUGCAAAUGCACUGGGCGAAUACGGACCCGAGCCGACCUCCUUCCUUCGUGGCUGCCAACGUUCCUCAGUUCGUGGCACCGUCGACUUCGACACUAUCUUUCCAAGUCAUUAUCCUGGUCGGUCCACUCACGUUCAUGUGCUGGUAAGGCCGGAAAACCAGAAGAAGGUUGCGCAUGUUGGCAUGCUCUAUUUUCCCGACGAUCUUCGUGAAGCGAUUGAGGCAACUCCCGAGUAUGCGAAGAACCUUAACCCGGUCGUAAGGAACGCGGACGAUGCCUUCGCGCCCUAUUCGGCGUCGUAUCAAUACGACCCUUUUGUGCAGUGGUCCUGGCUCGGGUCUAGGCCUGCAGAUGGUGUAUUGACUUGGAUAGCUAUGGGUGUCAAUCUGAGCGCCACCGUUGAACAGCCCCCUAAGAAGCGGAGGCGCAGCCUCUUCGAUGCCCAUCUGGCUCAUGACGGGCGUGACUAA